UGGUAAUGCGAGGCCCGUCGGCCGCGGCCUACUCGGCGGCACCCGAUGGAGAAAUACGAGCGGAUCCGGGUGGUCGGGCGGGGGGCGUUCGGGAUCGUGCACCUGUGCUUGCGCAGGCGGGACCAGAAGCUGGUCAUCCUGAAGCAGAUCCCGGUGGAGCAGAUGACCAAGGACGAGCGGCUGGCGGCCCAGAACGAGUGCCAGGUGCUGAAGCUGCUGCACCACCCGCACGUCAUCGAGUACUACGAGAACUUCCUGGAGGACAAGGCCCUGAUGAUCGCCAUGGAGUACGCGCCAGGGGGGACGUUGGCAGAAUUCAUCCGCAAGCGAGGCAAUUCCCUCCUGGACGAGGAGACCAUCCUGCACUUCUUCGUGCAGAUCCUGCUGGCGCUGCACCACGUCCACGCCAAGCAGAUCCUGCACCGGGACCUCAAGACCCAGAACAUCCUCUUGGACAAACACCACACGGUGGCCAAGAUAGGCGACUUUGGCAUCUCCAAGAUCCUCAGCAGCAAAAGCAAAGCCUAUACUGUGGUGGGCACCCCUUGCUACAUCUCCCCAGAGCUGUGCGAAGGCAAGCCUUACAACCAGAAGAGUGACAUCUGGGCCCUGGGCUGUGUCCUGUAUGAACUGGCCAGUUUGAAGAGGGCCUUCGAGGCAGCAAACCUGCCAGCCUUAGUUCUGAAGAUCAUGAGCGGCACCUUUGCUCCCAUCUCGGACCGCUACAGCCCUGAGCUGCGCCAGCUGAUCCUCAGCCUGCUCAACUUGGACCCGUCCAAGCGGCCCCAGCUCAGUGAGAUCAUGGCGGAAGCCCUCUGCAUCCGCCCCUUGCUGAACCUUUACACCGACGUGGGCAGCGUCCGGAUGAGAAGGCCUGAGAAGCCGUGGACGGCGGUGCCUCCAGUGACCCACGGCAGAGCUGGGGGCGGGGCCGUCACUGCCAGAGUGAGGGGCUGUCGCACCGGUUCUGCCAGGCCUGGCCUCCCACCGGCCUUGUCCUCCAUCUACACCUGGGGGUGUGGGAUCACCACUCCCAUCCGGCUGCCCAUGCCGAACACGGAGGUGGUGCAGGUGUCCACGGGCCGGACGCAGAAGGCCGGCGUGACCAAAUCUGGGCGCCUGGUCAUGUGGGAGCCGCCCCCCUUUGGCAUGGCUGGGGGCCCCUCACUCCCAGGGGCCACUGAGCAGCUGCAGCCCCAGUUUGUGUGCCGUUUCCUGGAGGGCCAGUCUGGAGUGACCAUCAAGCAUGUGGCCUGCGGGGAUCUGUUCACUGCCUGCUUGACAGACAGAGGGAUCGUCCUGACCUUUGGCAGCGGCAGCAGUGGCUGCUUAGGACAUGGAACAGUCAUGGACGUGAGCCAGCCCAAGAUUGUGGAGGCCCUGCUGGGAUACGAGAUUACACAAGCAGCCUGUGGCGCGUCACACGUCCUGGCCAUGUCCAGCGAAGGGGAAGUCUUCACUUGGGGCAGAGGGGACAAUGGGCGCCUGGGGCUGGGGACCCUGGAGUGUCACAGCUCCCCACAGCUGGUGCCGCUUCCCUCCGGCUACGAAGCACAGAAGGUCCUCUGUGGCAUUGAUGCCUCCAUGCUCCUGACAUCCAAGAACCAGAUUCUUGCCUGUGGCAGCAACAGGUAUAACAAGCUGGGGCAGGACAGGAUUGUGCCCCAAGGGGAGCCCCUCACGGCUGCUGACCAGGUGGAGGAAGUGCUGGUCUUCAGUCCUGUCUGCUCAGCCCCCUUGAGUGAAGAAGCCAUUGCGGGCGCUGACAUUGGAACGGCCCAUUCGGCAGCCAUCACCGCCUCCGGUCAGUGUUAUACCAUCGGGAGCAACCAGCACGGCCAGCUGGGCCCCAUCUCCUGUCGCGCCAGCCGUGCCCCAUACCUGGUGGAGGGGCUCCAGGCCGUCAGAGUCACCAUGGUGGGAUGCGGCGACGCCUUCACCCUGGUCGUGGGAGCGGAUGGUGAGGUCUACACCUGGGGGAAAAGCGCCAGGGGGCGCCUGGGCAGGAAGGAGGAGGAGGCGAGGAGCCCGCGGCCCGUGCAGCUGGAAGAGGGCUCUCCCGGCCUGGUCGUCUCGGUCUCCUGUUGCCACGGCAGUACCCUGCUGACCGUCAAGCGCGAAGCUGUGGCUGCCCAGCUAAUUUUGCCUGCGUCAGAAUGGUUGAGUUUGAAGCAGAGGCAUGCCUUCCUCUUGCCCUUUGGGGGUCCUGUGUCUCUGCCCAAGAACCCCCCAAGAAGCCUGGGCUGAGGCAAGCUCUUUCUGGCACCCAGUCUGUUUUGUUCCUGUGCUGGGGCAAGCUAGCUCUGUUUUCAGCCAGGUGGCGUUUUGGUUGCAGUGGCCCCUUUUUCAGCCCAGUUCUCCUCCUCUCGGAGGCAUCUCCUAGCGAGACCAGUGGGGACUUCAGCUGCAGGACCUGCUCCACAGGCUUCUCAGGGCUGCAUUUAGGGGAGAAGCCCUGCAGCUGUUGGAGCGGCAGGGAGACAAGGAGUCCGAGCAGCCUGAGAAUCCCACCAGGAGCAGAGCUCAUCUGGGGACAGAGAGGCCAGCAGCAGACAAGGUCCUGGGAUACUUUUCGAAGCUCCUCUCUGCUGCCCGUGGACAGGAAAUCCUGAAAUAGCUUCUCUCCUAAACGUGGCCCCAAGGAGAGUGUGAAUCAGCCAGUCGGCAUCUGUGCCUCCGCUGGGAAAGCCAGAGGGGGAGCUGGCGAUGAAUGGAUGGCUAGUGAGGAAGCCAAAAGAUGAAAAGGAAGGGCUGAGUUCAUAGGUUUCAGCCCGGAGACAAAGCUCCUCUGUAUGAGGUCCCCCAGGUUUCUGCCAGCUACUGUGCCUUUGCCAGCCUUGCUUCUAACUGCCCCCUGCCCAGUGCUGUGGGAGGGAGGGAGGUCCUGGUGGCCAAACUACCCUUCCCUCGCCAAGCAGGCUGCCAGGCUGGGUGAUUUCUGGUCUCAGUGUAUCUUUCACAUUUCAGCUGCAGUGGAAGAAUCCAGCCCACAGUGAGGGGAACGGACCGGGAUGGAAACAGAAGGAGCUGGAAGGACACCGGCAUCCCUCCCGCUUGCAGGGACUCCUGAUCCACCUCAUCCUGGAGGCUGAAGCAAAUCUGGCCCAUGGCUGGGGAGGGAACGCCACACCCACUGAUGCAGGCAUCUGCCAGAUUGCUCCCCUUCCUUCUUCCUGCCCGAAGCUUCUGGGAGGGGGAAUGGCUGCUUUGGCAUCCGUGCCCCCACAGGCAGCGUGUCCAAGGCCGAGCAGCAUCUCCUGCAGAAGGCCCAGCUCCUCCCUGGAGGGUGGCCUUGGAGGCUGGGGAGCCACGGGGCCAGGCUUACGCUGACUCCUGCUCCUGCCGACUCUGACUGCUGGGUAGCCGCUCGCAGGACCCCAGCGGAGAGGGCUGCCAUUCCAGCACGACUGGGAGUGAUUCGGAGGCCUGAGCGCUGCUGCUGCUGCUGCUGCUGCUGUUUUUAUUCACCCCACUGCCUUGUUUUGUGAUCUGGCCUCAGUCCCUGUUGGACAUGGUCUGUUGAGCCCCCUGCAGCCCGUGGGGGCCAUCUGCAACGGAGCAGUCUUGCUUCUGGAGCCACUAUUUCUCCCAGGCAGUGUCCAGUCCCGUGGCACCUCCCAAACUGUAUGGAGUCUCGAAAUCUCAGUCUGCCUGACCCCCAUGAACAAUAGCCCCUUUCUUUGUCAAGCCUCUGCUCCAGGAGCAGCUGUCUGUACUUCAUCCCCUGCAAAGUUUGAAAGGGGGGGGGCAAUUUAGCACAACUGAAAGCCAUGUUUUUAUCCAGCACCAGUAUCCUCCAUUUUUAGUGCCUCUUAGAAAGAAUUGCAGUGUAUCGACAGUUGUCAUUACUACUGGAAUUGUGUAUUUGGCAUGCGCACUUUUGCGUUCAUAAACCCACCAAUCUGUAAUUGCUCAGUCUAUGGAAUAUUUUGAGGAGGGGCCUACUUCGGUCAGAACACUGUUUGCUAGGCCCUGUCUGUUACUUAACUGCCCAGGUUUGGGUCAGGACAAGACCUGAGGGUGGAAGAGCUGGGAGUGAGGCCACAGAGCUUUAGAAGCUGAGCAGCUGCUUUUUCCAUGAGAAGCCCCAGGUUCCAUCUUUAGCCUUGAAAAAGAAGCAGGGCAGGUGAUGGCAGGCAGAUUUCCCCCCGGCUACUUGA